UUCCUUCCUUCCUUCCUCCAAAACCCAACGCUACGCGCACACUUCUCUUAAAUGCGCCGGCGAAGCUUUGCACACAGCCCGCACGCCACAGUGCACACGUCUGUCCCUCCCACUUCCGUCCACUCGCGCACGCACUGCACGGAGACCGGAGGAGGCGGGGAGGAAGAGGGAGAGGGAGUGGAGGCAGAGAGCCCAGCUGCCGAGUGCGACAGAGGUGACCGGCCGGUAGGCGGCGGCGGCGGCCGGCGGGACGGGGGAAUGCCGGCGGUUGGCGGGGCCGGCGGAUCGAGCGGGCUGUUGUUUCUUGGAGCAAUUCGUGGUCUGACGCCGCGGGACUCUCCACCUAGCUAGCCAACCGGAGAGUUGAACGGCGGUGGGCGGCGCGUCGGAGGGGGAGGGGGCGGUUUCUUGAUCCGUGCCUCCGCAAAGGUCGGGUUUUUCUUGCGCUGGUUGAGACCGACGUCGGGGGGAGGAGCAUGACGCCGGAGGAACCGGAAUUCAGCUCUGGCCGCAACUCCGGUGGGAUUCCGGCGGAAGGAAUUAAGCACUGAGGUGGAUCAUCGGAUUAUAAUUCUGGUCCUCCUUAUUGGUCAAGUUAAUCCUGACGAUGCAGCACCUUAUUCUCAUAACCUUUCUUUCUGCUUCCUUUUUCUUUCUUCACAUACCUUGUGCCAGAGGUGCUGACCUGAACUCCGACAGGCAGGCCCUUCUCACAUUUGCUGCAUCCCUUCCCCAUGGUCGAAAACUCAACUGGACUCUCACGACUCAAGUCUGCACAUCGUGGGUCGGGGUUACGUGCACAACAGAUGGGAAGCGCGUACGUGAAUUGCGUCUGCCUGCAGUAGGACUCUUUGGUCCUAUCCCCUCAGACAUACUUGGCAAGCUUGACGCACUACAGGUGUUGAGCCUUAGAUCCAAUCGUCUCACUGUUAGCCUCCCACCUGAUGUAGCAUCCAUUCCUUCCCUGCAUUCUCUUUACCUUCAACACAACAACUUGUCUGGAAUUAUACCAACUUCACUAUCUUCCAAUCUAACAUUCCUAGACCUGUCAUACAACUCUUUCGAUGGACAAAUCCCAUUGAAAGUGCAGAAUAUCACUCAACUUACUGCAUUGUUUCUCCAGAAUAACUCUCUUUCUGGACCGAUUCCUGACCUCCACCUCCCCAAUUUGAGACAUUUAAAUUUAAGCAACAACAACCUGAGUGGGCCCAUACCACCUUCCCUGCAGAAUUUCCCAGCCAGUUCAUUCUUGGGGAAUGCUUUUCUCUGUGGACUGCCAUUGGAACCAUGUCCGGGAACAACACCUUCUCCCUCUCCGAUGUCACCAUUGCCCCAAAAGCCCAAGAAAAGCUUCUGGAAAAGGCUUAGCCUUGGUGUCAUAAUUGCAAUAGCUGCUGGAGGAGGGUUAUUACUCCUGAUUUUGAUUGUUGCGCUCUUGGUAUGCAUCUUCAAAAGAAAGAAAGAUGGCGAGCCUGGCAUAGCUUCAUUUUCAUCCAAAGGGAAGUCUUCUGCAGGUGGAAGAGCUGAAAAAUCAAAGCAAGAGUACAGCAGUAGUGGUAUUCAAGAAGCAGAGAGGAAUAAAUUGAUAUUCUUCAAUGGCAAUUCGUAUAAUUUUGACCUGGAGGAUCUGUUGAGGGCCUCAGCCGAAGUCCUUGGGAAAGGAAGUUACGGGACUACUUAUAAAGCUGUUCUUGAGGAUGGCACGACAGUGGUGGUUAAGAGACUGAAGGAGGUGGUCGCAGGAAAGAGGGAGUUUGAACAGCAAAUGGAGAUAAUUGGCAGGGUUGGCCAGCACCAAAAUACUGUUCAAUUGCGCGCUUACUAUUACUCCAAGGAUGAGAAGCUUUUGGUGUAUGACUAUAUCACACCUGGUAGCCUUUGUGCUGCUUUGCAUGGGAAUAGAACUGCUGGAAGAACUUCAUUGGAUUGGGUAACUAGAGUAAAGAUAUCCCUGGAAGCUGCACGCGGGAUUGCUCAUCUUCAUGCUGAGGGGGGUGGAAAGUUCAUCCAUGGAAAUAUCAAGUCAAGUAACAUUCUUCUCUCGCAGGGACUCAGUGCUUGUAUCUCCGAGUUUGGUCUUGCGCAGCUCAUGGCCAUCCCUCAUAUUCCUGCACGGCUCAUUGGAUACCGUGCACCGGAGGUCCUUGAGACUAAAAGAGCAACACAGAAAUCCGAUGUCUACAGUUUUGGUGUGCUACUCCUUGAGAUGCUAACGGGAAAAGCCCCUCUUAGAUCUCCGGGGCGCGACGAUUCCAUUGAACACCUCCCCAGAUGGGUGCAAUCUGUGGUCCGAGAAGAAUGGACCUCCGAGGUUUUCGAUGCCGACUUGUUAAGGCAACCGAACAGUGAGGACGAGAUGGUUCAGAUGCUCCAGCUUGCCAUGGCAUGCGUUGCAAUUCUUCCUGACCAGCGACCUCGGAUGGAUGAGGUGGUCAAGAGGAUUGAGGAGAUCAGGAACUCCUCCUCGGGGACCAGGUCGUCCCCUGAGGACAAGCCAAGGGAGGAAGCCAUCCAGAUCACCUGAUGGCACAAAGAUAACAACAUGCCACUGAGACGAAAUAGGUUCAAUAGUUUCUACCUUGAGAGCUGUGGGUAGCAGUGUGUUUAGUGAAGCUUUUCUGUUGAUUUUCUGAUCAUUCUUUAUUGAAUCCUUUCUUCUUUUCUUGAUUCUGUGCUGUCAUUCCUUUUUUAGUUUCUUCCUUUGAAAGAAUUUGGUGUUAGGCAUUGUGAUUGUUUGAUUUCCAGUAGCUCUGCUGAUCAUCACUGGGUGACAUGGUGCU